UACAACAACCGUAUCCAAUUUUCUAUAACUCCAUUAUUGCUCGAUCUUUGCCUCUAUUCAAUGUUUCCAUACGAUCAAAAUAAUAGAUUUUCUCCACAAGCUAUCUUUUUUUAUCCCCACCAGGAUAUUAUUCAAGACAAUCAGAUAUUGGGUGAAAAAUCAGUUGAUUCAAGUAACCUUGAUCAGGAAGGCCAAAUCCCUAUCAUAUUAUCCAAUUCAAACACUAAUAAUGAUGUUAAUUUAGCUUGUGUUGAAAAGAAGAUCAUUCGCAAAGAGAUCGAACGGCAAAGAAGGCAACAAAUGUCUACUCUUCAUGCAUCACUUCGAUCCCUCCUUCCUCUCGAAUCUCUCAAGGGAAAGCGCUCAAUGUCUGAUCACAUAAAUGAGGCUGCAAAAUAUAUAAAACACCUUCGAAGUAACGUCCAGGAAUUGAGUGCCAAGAGAGAUAAGCUCAAGAAUUUGUCAAAUUCUUCUUCUUAUGAACAUGGGAUUAAUUAUGAAAGUGCACAUGAUACUUUUAUGAACAGUAUCGUUUCUGUCCGCUCUUAUUUGGGUGGAGUAGAGAUUGUUAUAAGUUGUGACUCUGGUGACGAAAAUUUUCUUCUAUCAAGAGUGCUAGAAGCGGUAAUUGAAGAGGGAUUUGAUGUGGUUAGCUGCAUUUCCACUAAAAGUGAUCAAAGAAUUUACAAUACCAUUCAAUGCCAGGCUAACCAUAACACUUACGUUGAUCUAGCUGCGCUGCAACAGAAACUGAAUGAUGUGAUCUUAUCAACCCAAUUUAUUUCUAAAUGACUUUCUAAAAUCUAUAUGUUUGAUUUUCAUGCCUUAAAUUAAUCGAGAACUUGGUGUUCUUUAUAUGUACUUAUCCUGUUGCAACUAUCUCAUGAUGUCCUUGUGUAAGUUUCUUUUGGUAAUGCAAGAAAAAAAAAAGAAAUAGAAAUCUGGUUUUAAUUUCCA